AUGGCUGCUGUUCCUAUCGCCAUGAAGUCAGAAGUUGAAUCUACCGACAAGCUGACAGAGCUCCUUUGGCAAGAUGCUUUGGGGAAUCUCCAGUCUACCAACAAUGAGGUCCUUCUUCCCGUCAACAUCACCGACUUGAUCGGCCAAUGCAACGUCGACAAAAUUAAGGCUCGUCUCGGUGCUCUCAUUGGCGCCCCCGUUGUUGCUUUUGUUGAUGAGUCUAUCAAGGCUCUUCGCAUUAUGCGCAUUCCGGCUUUUUCGGGAACCGCGAUAUCGGUUGCCUGUCAUGAUAGAACACUGAAAUCUGAGCACGAAAAGAUUGCACCUGUCACUAACGUGCCAGGAAAAACGGGUAUACAUGCGAAACCGGCUAAAGUUCCUCGGCCUCUAAAUGCGUUUAUCCUGUACCGUCAGUAUCAUCACCCGAAAGUCAAGGAAGCAUACCCUGCCUUUUCCAACAACGAAAUAUGCAAACAGUGGAAAGCCGAAGACGAAAAAGUAAAGAUGCAAUUCCGUCAGCAAGCUGAAGACCUGAAACGAAAACAUGCCGAAGAGUACCCGGACUACCACUACUCCCCUCGCAAGCCCUCCGAAAGAAAACGCCGAGUCUCGUCGCGUCAAUACAGGAAGACCAGCCUAUCCACUAAAUCCCUCAAGUCUCCUAUGUCGACUAACGAAGCGUCAGACGUUUCGACUCCCGGAAAAUAUACUGAGAUAGAGAUGACUAUGGCCACACCUUUGCCUGCGGACGACAGUCUCGCUGGCAUCGAUAUGCUUAUGCCGGAACAGCCGUUCGAGUUCGACUACGAGGCCUUCGAUACCCUGUUUCAGCAGGUGCAGGAAGACUAUAGCCGGACUAAUCCUUUUUCUGAGAACUUUGAUUUCUCAGACUUGGUGACUGACUACUAUUGA